CUGCAGGCUGCUUCACCUGUGUUGUGUGAUCUGAAGAAGUAAUGCACGUGGCAGGACAUGACCCAUUUAAGCCUUUAGGCUGCUUAUUGUGCCAACAGGAUGAUGGGAACCAGCUGAUUUCCUGAGACCCUUUUAGAGUUUUGUAAACCUAUUGCUGAUUGCCUGUGGUAUAGUCACUGGACGACAAAUCCACUUGUGGGGUUCCAUCAAGAUCCUACCAGAAUGAGUUUCUUGGAUGAAAUUCCAUUCAAAAUCCAUGAAGAGUACACAAAGGUUUCAUCAGUGGAAAGGCCUAUCAGCCCAUCAAAUAUCAAUAUCCCAGACUGCAGCGAGCUACUAAUGUGCACUGUGCAUGAUUUUACAAUGGAGAAGAAGGUCUUGGAGUGGAUAGAAGGAUUGUAUAGUAAAAAUGGUUCUCCUGCUGAUAUCAGGCCCACUGCCCCACCUUAUUGGCUGCUUCAGGACGGGAGGGGUGUUUCGCCAACCAGACGGCCAAGCCCACAGAGACCCGUUUUUACCAUGCGCAGAUGCAGGAGCUUGAGCACCUCAGAUGCCAUUCCUAUACAUCAGAGGAGCAGCUGGGGUGCCCUAGAAAGCAUAGAAAAAGGAGACAUUUUUGAAGAGGAUGGCUACUCUGAGGAUGAUGAGUACUCUACCUCCGAGGAAAGUGAGAUGGAAGCAAGACAAAGAGAGGCAAGGUCACGAUCUUGCAAGACAAGUCCUCUGCCCCAGCGGUCAUCCCGGCCUCGCACUGCUCCAUUUGUACUCAGCCCCCCAUCUAGAUGCCAUUGUCAUAAAACAGACUUUUCUCCUUCCUCUUGCAACAAUAAGAAGAGGAAAUCCUUAACCCCUCUAAACAGUCCAAAAAGUGAGGUAGAGUUGGCUAACAAAAGGAUUUCGGCUGUCGUGCACCCCACCAAGGAUGCGUCUGAAAGUAGAGGACUUCCCCAAAAUCAUCAUUCCCGUCACAAUCGCUAUGUCCAACCCCUCAGUCCAGCUCCACCACCUCCUGCUCCCAGCUGCUGCUGCAAAGCAAAGAGACCCUACAGUGCAGGCUCCAUCCCACCAAUACAAUGCCACAAGCCCACCACUCCGUCUCUGAGCCCAUACUCUUGCCUUCCUCCUACAAGACAUCGCCUGCCCGACUCAUCAAGGGAUGUCCUGCUGGCCCUUAGCCAAGAAGAGCGUGAUGUCAUCAAAGCUGUGACGUCACUGGGGUACCCACUGCGCAGAGCCAUGAUCGCUCUUCAGAAAAUGGGAGAGCAGAGCCUGGAGCAGGUCCUUGGAUACUUAGGAGCCACUGACAGACUCUGCAAAGUUGGGUAUGAAGAGGCUUUGGUAGAAGAGGCCAUGGAAAUAUUCCAGAAUUCUGAGAUAAAGGCUGCAGAGUACCUCCGUCUCUUGCUUCAGUUCAAUGACAUGGGCUUCCAGCAGGAUGACAUUAAGGAAGUCCUCCUGGUCUAUGACAAUCACAGGGAUCGCUCUCUGGAGGAACUCAUGAGCAGAGCUCAGUAACUACAGGGCUCCUCUGCUCAGAAGCAUGUUAUAUGCACUUGCUUCAGACUGACGGUGGGUUAUACAGAGGAUGCUUCAUUUGCUUUCCUUGUAAAUAAAGUGCAAACACAG